UUAGGUUUAAGUUCGGUAACUACGCAAUUUACAAAUUCCAAAGCCAACAAAUAAUACACGCGUGCAGUUGUCCGGUAGACAUUAGCCAGUAAGAAUCGAUCCCACUUCAUCCGUUAAAUACAUUUUUACCGUAAUGCUGACAUCGAUGUAAAAUGAAUGCAUUGCGCAACAUUUUUAGUUCGCGUACAUUGAACCUCCUGCGGCAGAAUGGACAGAACGCGAUCAUUAAUGCGACACAACAGCAACAGCCAGGCGCUGUUGGCGAUCCCAGCUCGCCGCUGUCUGCGCCGGACAAGCUGAACGAUAGCCUGACGACGCCGUUGUCCAUACCGCGCUCCAUACUUGAUGCUUGUCGUUUUACGGGCAAACCCUUUGACUUUGGCAGAAACAAUGCUACAGCAGUAGCCCCAAAGAAACCGCCGGGCUCACUGUCGCCCACGACAUUAAAGCGCUUCCGUCGGAUGCAACGCCGCAUGGAGCUCGUCUAUCGCUGUAAGCUGUGCAACACCCGCAACACGAAAACGAUUAGUGAGGAGGCCUACUACAGUGGUGUCGUCAUUCUUCAGUGCGACGGUUGUGCCGUUGACCAUCUUAUAAAGGACAAUUUGGGUCUUUUUUCUAGCGGCGGUAAUGGCGGGAAAUCCAUCGAUCAGGUGCUCUCGGAGCGUGCGGAACGCGUGCGGGUCAUUAGGGUGAACGAGCAGGGCGAACUAAUCUAGUCAGACAGCGAUGCAGUGUCAUCGUGUCAUUAGUGCUUCAAAAUGCGCCAAAUUUUGUACAAAUCUAAGCCAUGGGCUAUGUUGAAUGCUCAAAAUGCCGAGGCCCAUAUCCAUGAGCAAUGGAAUCCCAUCAAAAAGCAAACGAAUAAAUCAACAUAUUGAAAAAA